AUAUAUAUAUUUGUGGACACCAAGACAGGACACAAGUCAGGAAGCUGGAGAAUGUUGCAAUCAGCUCUUAUCAUCGGUCUUCUCGCUCCUCUUAUCACCUGUCUCACCACACCGGCAGGUCCAGUGGCUCUCAAAACUGUUUUGCCAGCAAGUCCCCCAUUCGUAGAAAUGGCACGACCAGGAAUGUCAGCUAUCAAAGUCAUGGAGGGAGUGUGGGGAAGAAAUGCAACUAUGACAUGUGAAGAGGAUAACACUGACAGCUUCACUGCUAAAAAGUCUGGCUGCUGGUCGCACAAGGGCAAGGAAAUCUACUGCUCUGAGAAAGCAGACCUAACCUCCAGGUUGACAAACAGGCUUAUCUAUGGAAAGAUAUCGCCAUCAAGUUUAACCAUUAAUAAUUUACAGGACGAUGACGCUGGAAUUUACAUGUGCUGCUCUGAUGAAUACCGAUGUGUAAAAAUCUCACUGGUGGUAAAGAAUGUUUCUAUCUCUCAGCCAGUGGCGAGCAUAAACACUGAGUUGCUAGUGCUGGCUGGCACUCGUGUCCAACUGACAUGCCAUUCCUCCUCCGGCUCCAUGCCAAUCCAGUACCACUGGUACCAUCAGGACCCCUCUUUGGGCACCUACAGCAUGGUGAAUUCUGAUGCCACCCUGGUGUUUGAUCCCUGCAAACCGGAGAAUUCGGGACAAUACCAAUGCUCCGCCUCAAACUUAAUUAGCAAUCAAACGAGCAACGUGCUUAACUUCACUGUAGAGGAACAUCUCUCGAUACCCUACGUGGAUGCCGACCCCAAGGAGCUGUUUGUAUUUGAAGGACAGGCCGUUACCCUGUGGUGCAAGGUGACUGCCGGCUCCCCGCCCAUCAUCUGGACCUGGUACAGAGUCAAAGAGAAUCGCCUGGAGAUAGUCAGCAGCCAGCAAGAGCUGAAACUGGACAGGGUGCAGGACAGCGGACCGUAUUACUGUCAAGCCAAUAACAGCGUGAGGGGCAUGGCGCAAGGACAAACCAGCGAGAAACACAGCAUCCACAUUGUACCCAAACCAGUGGAGUUUGCUUUGGCAGAAGCAGCCUUGGCUCUCGUUCUGCUCUGCUGUGUGACGGCCUUAAUCUUAGUUAUUGUCUGGCUUCUUAUCUGGAAGAAGAAAGCAGCCUUGAGCAAACCUCUAGAUGGCACGCAGCAUCCUGUUUCAGCAAAAGCUCAGAAAAACAACUAUGGGACUCAGGUCACAGCUGGAGAUAAAAAAGGGAACUAUGGGCCUCAAGUCAUGGCUGGAAGGAAAAAUAGGCAGUUGAAGCCCCCUGUUAGGAUGGAUUAUGAGAAUUCGGGUGAUAUCUACACUAACUUGACACCCAACAUGAUCCAGGAUGAGAACACUUAUCAUACCCUGUCCUGAAGACAGCCAAGGGCACAGGAAACUCUGCAGCCCUGUUGCUCUAAAAUUACACUGGCUCUAGCUUUUGAAAUACAAACUCUCACUUCCCUUGUCUCAGAUGAAAAUGUUGACUCUAGCACGAAAAGUAUAGCUGUUUGACAGUGGUCUGGAAAAACAUUACUGAAUGAGCAAUGGGAAAGCCUCUGGAGUUUUAAAGUUUUGCAUAUAUGUAGAGAAGCGUUCGUCUAGUUGUGGUGAUCUUUGAGUAUACGUCUAUCCGUCUGUCUGACCAUCUCUCUGUAUUUCAAGGUUACAUUUCUAAAUUUAUCCAAUGUAUCCAAUUCUGAUGAAACUUGCAAAGGAUAUUCUUUAGCACAGGGUGUAGUAAUGUUGCACACAUUUACAUACAUUUAUCUGAUGAAAAUGACCUAUUCCAGUACAGUAUCUGUGGGUAUAUGAAGACAUCUGUCCAUGUGUCAGUAUUCUAUAUCAAACUAACAUUUGUACAUGUGCACACAGUGGCUAUUGACCAUGAUGGUCUACUGGUUCUAUAGCAUGUUUAGCAUAUAGAAUGUCACUGACAUGCAGGUUAUGCUGGUGUGGGUAUUGGUAAGAAUGCAUUUGCCAUUUAAAAAAAUAAAUUAAUUAAAAGGCAGAUCUUUAGGCUUUAUGAACUUUAUAGCACUUCCUCAUCUGCUAGGUCUAAACAUGUAGGGCUUUAAAAAUGACUGAUUGAGCUCAAUCUAAUGACCAGAAACGUGCCGGUGUCGCAUUUAAAAAUGUAACAAUCACAUAACAAAAUAUGAACAAGUGUAAGUCAGCUGGUGCUGCAGAUUUAGCAAGUAUCAUUUCUCCAGUUCACAGACUUGCAAGCAUGUAAGAAAUGUAAAAACCAUCCUGUUGCUCAAUCAUUUGCCAUUUGGGGAACUCUAGCAGGUGGUUGGCAGUGUUUUUUUAUGGCGUUUUUAUUUUUAGUUUUGCUUUCCUGUAAAGGACAGAAAGCCAGUAGUUUUUUUUUUAAAGGGGGCAAAAGACAUGCUGAUAUGAAUAACUAAAUUAGUGUGCAACCUUAUAAUACUGGUAAUCAACACACAGCUUUAAUGUUGAACCUGCACACUGAAAGAGCAUGCUCUGAGGGGUAGCUGGUUCAGCCACUUGUCCCAUCUUUGUUUGUGACGCUUGCUGCUGAAAGACCGGUUAUCAGACACAGAAUAUUAAAUAUAGACUCAGGUUGUUCGACAAAUGUACCUCUACUGUAGUAAAUGUAUUGACUUUUUCUUAACAAUGCGUCUCAGGUAGUUUAUAUAGCCUACAUUUUCCAACCAGGUCUGUGGGGAGGAAACGUGUGGUUCAUUGGCUGCAGAAACAAUACUGGAGCGUUGGUCAAAACUAGUAAGAAUACUAAUCACAAUAAUAGCUGAUGUUUUGUGGUUUGUUUAUACAGUACAGUACAAUGUAAUCGCAAACGUAUACAGAAAAAGAAAAUACCUGAACUAAAUGGUAGCUAUUGUGUUCUUUUCCUGUGGUUGAAAGUUUAGUAAGCAAUAUAGAAAGCAAAUAAACGGCAAGUUUAAGCAUGGGGAAACAUGUUAAACAAACAUGACAAAGUUACCAUGGUGACCAGAGUGAAAUUCAUGCCUCAUUGUAGAAUAUUAUUUCAAAGUAAUACCAAUACAGAUACUGAACCUUCAUAUAAAUAUUUCAAGUUAGCUAUAACAUUUGAGAAGUAACUUGAACUGCAACUGUUUAAGAGCUGAAAACAAGUAAAAGGGUCUAAUUAAGCAAAUUAUUAGUUCAAUUAAGGGUCUAGUUAAGUAAUUGAGAGCUCAGUUGAAGGAAAACCAGCAGACACAGGGGGUCCCCAGGACGGGGUUUGAGAACCCCUGCUUUAUAUCAUCUAGUUUUAUUACUAUAUGUGUGUUCAGUAAGAUUCUCUUUGGGCUUCAUUGCAAAGCGCAACCGUAAUAUGCUUCCCUGCCUCACUUCCCUAUAAAUAAGCCUUUUCAGAAACAGUUUUUGUUGAAAUAGUUCAUAAGAAUACUAGCAAAGCUGAAACAACCAUAGAGAAUCAUACAGAACACACAUAAUAAGACAUUGAAGAGGCAAGACAUUUACAGGGUAAUGAUGAAGAUGUUAUAAGGCACACUCUGUACAAAAUGUCUGAUGUCCGAUUUUCUUCAACUACUACACCACAGAAAUAUAAGAGGAAGGUAGGGUUAAGGAUUUUUAUCAUUACGUUGAGUCAGUCAGUACACUCCAGAAAGAAAAACAGCAAACAUGGCAGACAGUGAGUGUGAUGAGAGGAAAGUACGUUGAGGAAGUGCAGGCUCUAGUUUCUCUGUGGGCAGAUAGAAGUGUUACUUCAGGAGUCGUGCGUCAGAAAUUAGAAAGUUUAUUCCCGAAUUUCUGAUGAUUUGAAGCAAACAUAAAGCCAUUUAACCCACACUCAAAAACACAAAAUUCUACCAAAUUUCUCAUGCUUGACCUUUAUUAUAUUAAUAUAAAUGUAUAUUUAAUUAUAUUUUUUAAGCACUCAAACAAAAAAAACAACAACAACAACUACCCUUAAAUGACAUAUCUUUGGCAAAUCAUAUUUUUAAAACCACCUUUUUUCUCCCUUCAACAGAACUAAUUUGACUUUAGUAAGUCGAUAUAAUCAGUAAAAUUUGUUGAUUAUAUUGAUUAUAAAGGCAUUCCUAAAUAUAUUUACAAAAUAUAACGAUAGAAGAUACAGCUGUACCGUUGGUCUAUUCAUUUUUGAACACCAUUUGUUUGCGCAUCUUUUGGCAAACUGAGUUAAUUAAUAACAACUGUCUUUCAUUGUGUGUGAUGUAGUAGCACAGCUCGGCUCUGCAGUGGAAAAACAACCCAGGCUCCCCUUAAACGCACCAUGAGGGCUCGGUACUGACCUGGUGCGGCUCGGUUGUACAGUGAAAGAAGCAAACGUUAGGUUACCUACCGUAACCCUGGUUCCCUGAAAGAGAAGACGACCACCAACAUUAAGUAUGGGAUAUUCCCUGCCCUUGAGGUAGGUAAUACUGAGCUCUCUAUAUCAGAGCUGCCGAAGGCCCCUUCCUGUGAUGACGCACUCGGUCCCGCCAACCGAGGGUAUAAAACCGUCACUCACCGGAAGAUCUCCCUCUUUUUCCGCCGAACCCGUGAGGGCGA